AUGAUCGCGAAACGAUUCAAUUCGACUGCGGCGUUGAAGAAAACCGCCCUUUACAACUUACAUGUGUCCAUGGGAGGAACGAUGGUGCCCUUUGCCGGGUAUUCGAUGCCAGUUAAAUACGCAGGCAUGACUCACAUUGAGUCCCACAAAUGGACAAGACAACACGCUGGACUUUUCGAUGUGUCGCACAUGCUUCAAAGCACGCUUAGGGGAGCGGAUGCAGUUUCGUUUUUACAUAAAAUUACUCCUACAGAUUUCCAGAAUUUGCCCGUUGGUACCAGUUCAUUGUCCGUGCUUCUUAACGAACGCGGUGGGAUUGUGGACGAUACUAUGGUUACCAAGACCGGCGCUAGCGAGUUUUAUAUCGUGACUAACGCUGCAUGUGCAGCGAAAGACACGCAAUUUCUGCAGGAUCAGAUUUCGGGUUUUGACUGCCAGUGGCAACCAAUCGAGAACCGAUCUUUACUUGCACUGCAAGGCCCUGACGCCUGUAAAGUGUUCGGGUCUUUGAUCAAAGGCGGCCCAGAAGCGCUCAAGGACCUGUAUUUCGGGGAACGGAGGCCCUUUGAGCUCACGGACGGCGUCCAGGUACAGGCUGCGAGAUCUGGGUACACCGGUGAGGACGGGUUCGAGAUUUCGGUUGUGGACUCAAGCGCAGAGUUGCUGGGCAAAUUGUUGCUAGACAACAGCUUGGCAAGACCUAUAGGCUUGGCCGCACGUGACAGUUUGCGACUCGAGGCCGGUAUGUGCCUGUACGGGAACGAAUUGAACGAUGGAACGACGCCCAUAGACACUUCACUUGGGUGGUUGGUCUCCAAGACGCGCAGAGACGGUAGUUUGGGUAAAUUCAACGGGUUCGAGCCUAUAAUGAAGCAAAUCCAGGACAAAUCCAACUCAGUCGUACGUGUCGGAUUCAAAUAUACGGGGAAGGGUCCGGCAGCACGUACGGGCACGCCCCUCCUCUCGGAAGAUGGCUCGACCGCGGUCGGCCACGUGACGUCAGGAAGUGCAUCUCCAUCACUUGGCGGUGUCAAUAUCGGACAAGCUUCAGUGCUCAAAGUGGCCCGCAAAGCGGGUACCAAGCUACUUGUAAGCGUCAGAAACAAGGUGUUCCCAGUCGAGGUCGCACGUUUGCCACUCGUCCCCAGUCAUUACUACAAGAAAUGA